UUUUUAAUUGUUAUUAAAAUUUAUAUAUCUUUUUUCAUACACAUGCAGUGAAAAAUUUUUUGAGGUAGAAAGUUGGAAGGGGGAACGGGAUAAGGAAUAUGACUAAAGAUUAUUUAAUAUUUAUAGUGACUUGAAUUUUUAAAAAUAUCUACAGAUAUUAAUUAAUUUCUUCAGGCAUAAUCAAUAAUGAGUGAGAUCACAAAAUUAUUGAUAUCAAGGUAACAGUCAAUUCUACAUAUGCCCAGAUUUAUGUCCUAGAAAUAUCAUAUAUCAAUUAAAAAAUGUUCUAUGAUCGAAUUGAUUGUAUCUUAUCCAUUUCUGAGGAUAUAAUUUAGAUUGAACCAUAUGACAAGCUAACGCGCAAGUUAACAUAGACGCAUUAACUAGAUUAGUUAAUGCAAAGGAUCAUGGGAUAUUAAAUUUUUUUGCUUCCUCCUAUUCUUGUACAUAAUAUAAUGCUAAUAUUAAAAAUUGAAGUUCUACACGCAAUAAUAAUAUUAAUAAUUAUUAUUAUAAUUAUCAUAAUGACAAACAAAAAAACAAACGGAAUCACAUUCAUUUUGGUAUGUAAAAUAUGUUAUUUUGUUUGUGAGAUAUGAAAUCAUUGGUAAGAGCUGAAAGCAAAGUCAGAUUAGAAUUAUCAGAUGGCAGAUUUCAAACGUAGGUAUAGGAUAUAAGAAUAUUAAGUAAGCGAAAGUAAUUUGUAAGAGUUCAAAUUUGUCAGUAUGACUAGACCUACUUUUAUUCGAUGUUAGUGGAUGUUAAAUCGCUCUCGUGAGAAGGAGAACAAAAUAUAGAUGAUAAAACUGCCUCUGGUAGGCUAUUAUUAACUAAUAUUGAAAUGAUUAUUAUAUUCAAAAUCUACUACCAUCCGUUUACAAAGUUUUCAUCUUUCUUGUAAGAGCGAACGUCCAUUGCUAACCAAUGUGUACAGAAAUCUACUUUUUCCACCGCAUAGAUCGGACCAGCGCGCGACUAUGAAUGAUCGGUCCCAAAAUAAUGUUCAUUUACUUAGUUAAAAUUAAUUAUCCACCACACAAAGAUACAAAUUCAAUGUAAUGAUAAUAUACUUAUGCCGGAUUGAGAUAGAUGAAGUAAUGAUAUAUUUAUGCCCAAAUAUUAAAUACACACGGAUGUUUUUAAAUAUUUAUAAUAAAAGAAUAAAGAAAUUUAUACAUGAACGUAAUUAUUCUCUUCGUCGUCAAAAUUCAAUGUAUCUUAUGAUUUCUGGUUCAAGAUCACUCUGAAUGUAUACGCGUAAACCUGUUUGUUUAUCAAAAUGGUGACAGUAUUGAAACAUCAACGAACGUCUUCGUCGUUUCAUAAAGUAUGCACGGUAAAGGAUGAUCUUUAUCAAAAACGUGACGUACAUUUUGUACGUAUAAUUUUAUUUCUUUUAGCAUGAUAAAAGUUUCUAUAACCAGUCUUUCUUAUCCAAUAGUCCAUAAUAUAAUACGGCUCAAGUUCCAUAUUUCUAACCUCAUCGUUAAAACAACAAUUUUAUUUUUGGCGAAUAAUUAUAUGUAAGAGCAGAAGAUAUACAAAAAUAAUAAUAAUAAUAAUAAUAAUAAAGGACGAUUAUUUAAAAUGGAAAUAGAAUAUUUACAAAAAUAGCAAAAAAAGAAAUAUUAAAAUUAUUACAAAACUUGUACAAGAUUUCAAAAUCAUAAUACAGAAGAACAUUUAUAAAAGAAAUAAUUAUCUUCAGAGAAUAAAUGCUUAGAGAUUUUAGAAUAAUUCUACAACAUAUAUUUAUUAUUAUUCAAAAUGAUGGCCCAUUUAUCUCAUGUUAUGACACUUGCUAAUAGCAUCAUUGGUGUAAGUGUUCUUGCAAUGCCGUUUUGUUUCAAACAAUGUGGCAUUAUUUUGGCUGCUUUAGUUCUUUUAUUAUCGAAUCUUCUAUCUCGUCUUGCUUGUCAUUUUCUUAUAAAAUCAGCAGUAAUGUCAAGACGACGUAAUUUUGAACUCCUUGCUUUUCAUGCAUUUGGCCAUAUGGGAAAGUUUUUAGUAGAACUUUUUAUAAUCGGAUUCCUUGUGGGUACAUGCAUUGCAUUUUUCGUUGUUGUUGGUGACUUGGGACCACAAAUUGUUGGAAAAAUAAUAGAUAAAAGACCUGAAGAUAUCAGAACUAGUCUACUUAUAAUAACAAGUACUUUUAUAAUAUUACCAUUGGGUCUACUUCGAAAUAUUGACAGUUUAUCAAGUAUUUGUACUGCUACCAUUGUUUUUUAUGUUUGUCUUAUUUUGAAGGUAAUUGCUGAAUCAACACAACACAUUUUUGCAAGAGAUUGGACCAGUAGCGUAUAUUAUUGGAGACCUGGUGGUAUCCUUCAAUGUUUGCCAAUUUUUUCUAUGGCUCUUUUUUGCCAAACACAGUUAUUUGAAAUAUAUGAAACAAUUCCAAAUGUAUCUCUCGAAAAGAUGAAUGAAGUCGUACGCGGUGCAUUAAAUAUUUGUACUCUUGUUUAUUUGUGUGUUGGUUUCUUUGGUUACAUUGCAUUCUGUACACAAUCAUUCACAGGAAAUAUAUUGAUGAGCUUUGAACCUAGUUUAUCGUCAGAAAUGAUAAAGAUGGGAUUUUUUUUCUCUGUAGCUUUUAGUUUUCCACUAGUCAUUUUUCCUUGCCGUGCAAGUCUGAAUUCUCUCUUAUUUCGUCGGGUAUAUACUCAUGAACCGUCUAUGAAUUAUAUGCCAGAAGUAAGAUUUAGAUGUCUUACAAUUGCAAUAGUAUUUUUUUCUGCAAUUAUUGGUAUAUUGAUGCCAAAUAUUGAGUAUGUACUUGGUUUAGUUGGAUCUACAAUUGGCGUAAUGAUAUGCCUAAUGUUUCCUGCAGCAUUUUUCAUAUCCAUAAGCAGCAAACAUACAAAUGAAAGAUUAUUAGCACAGGUCAUUAUAUUUGUUGGUAUUUGGAUAAUGAUUCUUGGUACAUAUGCCAAUUUAUACGCAAUGGAAGAAUCUUCUAAUACCAGAGUUUUAAUAACUACUGCUAAAUCGCUUAGUCAAAUAGAUAAUUUACCAUUAAAUUUAAAUAAGGAAAAUAUUCAUAUGAUACCUGAUGUUUCUAAUAAUCCUGAAGUUCUACCAAAUGUGAAAGAAAAAAUAGAUGCAUUACCAGAAGUUCAAAUGAUGAAUGAAAAUAAACAUCUUGAUGAUAUUCGUCAAGAACCUCCAGUUCCAGUUGAACGUGUCAUUGUUACAGAGAAGCCAAUGAUAGAAAAACAAAAUUCUGUUGAAAAUAUAGCAGCUAGUUUUGCUCCAGAAAUUAAAAAAAUUGUUGAGAAGAUCAAAACAAUGAAUGACAACUUAAAAAAAGAGCCUAAUCCUGUUAUAAAUAAUAAUAAAAUGAUAGGACAUGUGAAUUCUAUAACGUUAAAGGCUAGUGAAAAUAUUAAAAUAAUCAAAUCUAAAAAAGAAAUUAAUGAAAUGCAAAAGAAUGACAAUCUCAUAAAUUCAGAUGCAAUAAAAAAAGAAGAUUCAGAAAUAGCUGCGGAAAGAAAAAUUGCUAAUAUGAUAACGGUAGAUAGAGAUGAAAAACUUAGAAAAACUUUGGAAAAGCAUGCAUUGGGAAGACUGCAAAUGUUACAAGAAGAGACAAAACUUUGGAAAGAUAUUAAAGAACAAAAGCGUGAAUUUGAAAAAGAAAAAGAGAGAACAGGAAAAAGUAUAGAAGAGUUCAUACAAAAUGAUAGUAAAAACAACAAUGAAAUAAAUAUUAUACAAAAAUCUAAUUUGAAAGAAGUUGAAAAUAUUAAUAAACAAAGCAUAAUAAGUAAAAGUCCUGAUAAAAAUAAAACUCAAAAAAGAGAUAUAACUAGAAUGAACGUCAGUAAAAAUGUUCUAAAAAUACCAAAUGUUCGAAACGUAAAUAUAGAAAUUGCGCAGGAUAAAAAUGAUUCUGAACAAUUCACUGAUGUAAAGGAUAAUAACAAUAUUCAAAACACGCAGAAAAUGAAGUUGAAAGAAAAUAAAGAUAUAGGCCAAACAUAUUCAAUAUCAAAUUAUCAAGAAAAAAUUAAUGUAACAUUUGAUAAUAUUUUAGAUAAAUCAAAAGGAACUAUUCUAACUGCUUUAACUAAAGGAAUUUUAAUAAAAUCUACAUCAAAGGAUAAUUUGCUUAAGAAAAAAGAUAUACGAACUUCACAGGGUAAACAAGAAAGUAUCAUCAAUGAAAUUAAUAAAUCUGAUGAGACAAUAAUGCAAAAUCAGAAUAUCGUGCCUAUUACAUUACAGUUUAAAAAUCAAAUUAAUGUUAAUAAAACUGGACAGUUGACAAACAAAAACGACAAUGAUGUCCAAGUAAUGCGAAGAGAUAUUUUAGAAAAUCAUAAUAGAGAGAAACGAGAAGUUACUAACAUAAAUGUACUAAAAGUUGAAGAUUCUCCUGAUGUUUCAACUGAAGAAAUAAAAUCUUUUAUGAAAGAUAUUUCUAUGGAUAUUGAUCGUAUAAAAUGUUCUAAAACGUUGGAAAAUUCACAGAUAGAAAUAAAAAAUAUGCCAGGAAAAGAAUCAAAACAAAUACUACCAGAAAUGACAUCUAUUCCAACUGUUGCAACACUGAUUAAAACCAACGUUUAUUUAUCAGGGAAAGAACAAGAAUUUACAAAUUCCAUUUUAGUAGACCCAAGUAUAACCAUAAAAGGUAAAUACAUUAAGUUAAAACAAAGAGAUUUGAAAACUUUGAAUACUGAUUAUACUAGAAAUUUAUGACCAUUAGAAUGCAUAAUACAUUCUUUAUAUAAUAAUCAAUGUCUAAAAGAGUAAAUUUCUAAAUUAUCAAAAUAUAUUUUCUUGCUAUUUCUAAAUGUUCAGCUAUAUUAUUGAAAACAUUGCAAUAUUAGAAAAUAUUAAAUAUGUUGGAAAUAACUGGGAAUCACUAUGAAUAUAGAUGAAAUCUAAAUAACACUGUCAAUGCGUGGUGUCAAAUCUAAAUAAGAUUAUUAUUAAUUAUAAUAAAUUGAUAAGUAUAGUUUUGUAAUUCUACUAUAAGUUAAAAAAAAAAUUGAAUUCUUUUUGUUAACGUAAAUGAGACAAUCAUUAUUUAUUUUUUGUUUUCUUUAUAAAAUUUUACAAAAUAAUGAUAUUCAUGGAGUUACUUAUAUAUUUAAGCUUAGAACUUAAGAGAUUGCUGCGAUGAAUUAUAUCAUAAAUCUAAUGAGAAUGUUAACAAUCAGUAAAUUCAAUAUAGAAUUUAUGAUUUUAUACUAUAAGAGAUAAUGUAUAAAAAAACAGUACAAUUAAGUGCUUGAAAAUAGCCAAAUAUAAAUCUAUUUUUGCAUAACAUAA